AUGUCUGCCGCCAACCAGCUCGCCGCCCUCAUCGCCAACAUGUUCGCCACGGGUUUGCUUGACGAUCAGUUCCAGCAGCUCCAAAUGCUGCAGGACCCCAGCGCCCCGAACUUCGUCUCUGAGGUCGUCACGCUCUUCUGCCAGGACGGCGAGCGGAUCAUCGGGGAGCUCGCCAAACAGCUUGACAAGCCCAGCGUGGAUUUUGACAGGGUCGACGCCUUUGUGCAUCAGCUCAAAGGAAGUAGUGCUAGUGUUGGGGCUCUGAAGGUUAAGAACACUUGCAUUCAGUUCUGCGAAUUAUGUCAGCAGAAGAGCAAAGAUGGGUGCCUGAAGACACUGGAGACAGUGAGGAUUAACUUCUAUGAGCUGCGUGGAAAGUUUCAGACCAUGCUUCAGCUGGAGCGUCAGGUCAAUGGCUUUCCCCCCAACAAUUAA